AUGUCAUCAACGCCUGAACCGGUGACUCCUUCCAAGAAGAAGCGAUCUAAGAAGAAGAGGAACGCUUCCACACCUCAAGUCACCUCAGAGGAUCGUCAGGAAGAAGCUACCCCUCAACUUCAGAGAGAUCUCUCAGACGACCUCGAAGGAACCCUCCAACAGCCUGUGACAAGGGCUGGCUCUCGAGCAAGCACCAACCCUCAGCAGGUUCAGAACCCUCCGCAAGUCGCGAUGCCAGCACGCAAUCAGGCCAACCAGGUCACCAUUGACCAUCACGACACAGGCGACCCCGGCAACUGA